CCUCACGACUUUCAAAUUCUGGUUUCAUUGAUAAGCUUCAUUCGCAUUCGAGAGCUCGGACUUUCCAUAUCGUAGCUUUACCACAAGAAAAAAACUCAACAAUGUCUUUGCCCGAACCACUACAACGUCUGUUCGAUCACGUAGAUGCCAAUAAGACAAAAUACAUUGAAGCCCUAAAAGAUGCUGUUGCGAUAAAAUCUGUGUCGGCUUUUCCGGAAUUCCGUGAGGAAAUCUUCAAGAUGAUCGACUGGACAUCGGCCCGCUUGAAGGCUUUGGGCGCCACUGUGGAAUUAGCAGAUGUUGGCAGUCAGACAUUGCAUGAUGGACGCACAAUUAAGUUGCCCGACGUAAUUUUAGCGACUUUGGGAAACGAUCCGAAGAAAAAGACCGUUUGCAUUUACGGGCAUCUUGAUGUUCAACCUGCCCAAUUGGAGGAUGGAUGGGACACGGAACCCUUCGUUUUGACGGAAAAAGAUGGAAAAUUGUACGGACGUGGCUCGACCGACGACAAAGGUCCCGUUUUGUGUUGGGUUCAUGCCAUCGAGGGAUUCCAAGCGCUCAACAUCGAUCUCCCGGUGAACUUGAAAUUUGUCUUUGAAGGCAUGGAGGAAAGUGGCAGCGAGGGUUUGGAUGAUUUGCUUUUUGCACGUAAAGAUGAUUUCUUGAAGGAUGUCGAUUACGUUUGCAUCUCCGACAACUACUGGUUGGGCAAGGAAAAGCCCUGCAUCACCUACGGUCUUCGCGGAAUUUGCUACUUUGGCUUGGAAGUCGAGUGCGCUGCCAAGGAUUUGCAUAGUGGCGUCUUCGGAGGCACCGUGCACGAAGCUAUGGUCGAUCUUGUGUACUUGUUGGACCAACUUGUCGACAAAAAUGGACGUAUUUUGGUGCCUCACAUCUACGAUGACGUCGCUCCAUUACUUCCAAACGAACACGCGAUCUACGAAAAUAUCGCUUUUGACGUUUCCGAAUACCGCAACGACUUGGGAGCCCGCAAACUCAUGCACAAAGAAGACAAAACGCAACUUUUGAUGCAUCGUUGGCGCUACCCGAGCUUGUCAAUUCACGGUAUCGAAGGUGCCUUUUACGAACCCGGCCAAAAAACCGUCAUUCCGCGCAAAGUCACGGGCAAAUUCAGUCUCCGCAUCGUGCCGAAUCAGGAACCGGAGAAAAUCGAAAAGCACGUUUGUGAUUAUUUGAAUGCGAAAUGGGCGGAACGUGAGUCUCCGAAUAAAAUGCAUUGCUAUAUGGCGCACGGAGGCAAACCCUGGACCGAAGAUCCGAAUCAUCCGCAUUAUGUGGCCGCAAGUAAAGCCACGAAACACGUUUAUAAGGUCGACCCGGAUAUGACACGUGAAGGUGGCUCGAUCCCAGUUACGUUGACGUUGCAACAAGCCACGGGUAAAAAUGUCGUUUUGUUGCCCGUUGGAGCCAGUGAUGAUGGCGCACACUCGCAAAACGAGAAAAUUGACGUUCGUAAUUACAUCGAGGGAACGAAACUCCUUGGCGCCUAUUUGUACGAAGUAGCCCAGUUGGAUUAAAUGAAUUUUUUUCAGAGAUUUUAAUCAAACAUCACAUGAAACAGUGAUUUACUCAGUUAAAAACUGAUCACAUUUUCUUUAUAUACAUGUUAUUUUAUCGUAUUCGUUAUUAACAAGCAUUUUUGUAAUCAAAUAAAAUUUUUCAAGAAUUA